AUGUCUCAAAAUCCCGAGCAAAACUUGGCGGAAAGGACUGAAAGACAACCGCUAAGAAAUGUUGGAGGAGGAGUUCCCGAUUUAGGUCAACAAGCCCUCUUAAGGGAAUUCCAACGAAUGCUUCGAAGUGAACUUGAAUCUAUUAAUGAGAGACUCGAUCGAGUGGAAGGAGGACCAACACGAGAAGGAACCCCUCAAGGACCGAGAAGGGAGCGAGGGCGAGCAAGUCCUUUCGUGGAUGAUCCCUACGAGCCAAGCGAGGUGGAAAGUGACCAAGCGUCGAAUCAAAGCGAGAGACGACGAGGUCAAAGGAAUAGGGGUCCUAGAGAUCGAGGCCAAUUUGAUGAUGAUUUAAAAAGUAUUAAGCUAUCCAUUCCUCCCUUUCAUGGGAAAUCUGAUCCGGAAGCUUAUCUAGAAUGGGAGAGAAAAAUCGAGAUGGUCUUUGAGUGUCACAACUACUCGGAGAGAAAAAAGGUGAAAUUGGCGGCAAUCGAGUUCUCCGAUUACUCAAUGAUAUGGUGGGAUCAACUCACAACGAGUCGAAGAAGGAACGGGGAGCGGCCAAUCUCAUCUUGGGCCGAAAUGAAAGCCGUAAUGCGUAGGAGAUUUAUACCUUCUUACUAUUAUCAUGAACUUUAUCAAAAGUUGCAGAAUCUUACGCAAGGAAAUCGAAGUGUGGAGGACUACUUCAAAGAAAUGGAGAUUGCCAUGAUACGUGCGAACGUGGAAGAAGAUCGCGAAGCAACCAUGGCUCGAUUCUUAGCCGGACUUAAUCGUGACAUAGCCAAUGUGGUGGAGCUUCAACACUACGUUGAUAUUGUUGACAUGGUGCAUGUUGCUAUCAAAGUUGAAAAGCAAUUGAAAAGAAAAAGUUCUAGCCGAACCUUUCCUAGCACCAACAAUCCUCAAAGGUGGAACCAAGGCACGGGUAAGAAAGACUUUUCUAAUCGUACUAAGGAUCAAUCUUUGUCUUCUAAGAUGAACAAACCCGUUGGCGAAACUAGCAAGGGCAAAGAAGUUGCCAUUCCGAAUCGAUCGAGAGAAAUAAAGUGCUUCAAGUGCUUAGGGAGGGGCCACAUUGCGAGUCAAUGCCCUAACCGAACCAACAUGAUUGUGCGGGCUAAUGGAGAAAUUGAAUCGGAAGAAGAAGAUGACGAAGAACCCGAUGAAAUGGUCGAAAAGGAAGAAGAGGAUGAACUUGAAUACGCCGUUGAUGGCGAAAUUCUCGUUAUUAAACAAAGCCUUAGUCUUCAUAGUGUUGAAAAUAAACAACAAAGGGAGAACAUUUUUCAUACACGUUGCCAUGUGCAAGGCAAGGUGUGUAGCUUGAUCGUGGAUGGCGGAAGUUGUACAAAUGUGGCCAGCACUUUAAUGGUUGAAAAACUCGGCUUGCCAACAACUAAGCACCCUCAACCUUACAAACUUCAAUGGCUUAACGAUGGAGGGGAGUUGAAGGAAGACAUUCCUAAUGGGUUACCGCCCAUUCGAGGAAUAGAACAUCAAAUUGAUUUCAUUCCCGGAGCCUCUAUUCCCAAUCGUCCAGCUUAUCGUACAAAUCCCGAAGAGACCAAAGAAUUGCAAAAACAAGUCAAUGAACUUAUGGAGAAGGGAUAUAUACGAGAAAGUCUUAGUCCAUGCGCCGUACCAGUUUUAUUGGUGCCAAAGAAGGAUGGAACAUGGCGUAUGUGCGUAGAUUGUCACGCGGUGAAUAAGAUCACUAUUAAGUAUCGACAUCCGAUACCACGACUUGAUGAUAUGUUGGAUGAAUUGAGUGGUGCUCGAUUGUUUUCUAAAAUUGAUCUAAAGAGCGGAUACCACCAAAUUCGGAUGCGUGAAGGGGACGAGUGGAAACCGCUUAAGACGAAGCAUGGACUCUACGAGUGCACCUUGGCAGCACCUUUAACUAGUGUGAUCAAGAAGUCUUCUGCCUUCUAUUGGAAUGAGGAACAAGAAAAAUCUUUUAUUGCUAUUAAAUCGUGUUUAACUAAUGCUCCAUUACUUGUGUUGCCUGACUUUGCUAAAAUGUUUGAAGUUGAAUGUGAUGCAUCAGGUGUCGGAAUUGGAGCUGUUUUAACACAAGAUGGAAGGCCCGUGGCAUACUUUAGUGAGAAGUUAAAUGGAGCCGUUCUCAACUAUCCGACGUACGACAAGGAAAUGUAUGCUCUAAUUCGAGCUCUCGAGACAUGGCAGCACUACUUAUGGCCAAAAGAGUUUGUCAUACACUCGGAUCAUGAGGCGUUGAAACAUAUCAAGGGACAAGCAAAAUUGAAUAAACGACACGCCAAAUGGGUAGAGUAUUUAGAAUCUUUUCCUUAUAUCAUCAAAUACAAAAAGGGUAAGGAAAACAUUGUGGCUGACGCAUUAUCUCGACGAUAUACUUUAUUAUCACAUUUGGAUGCAAAGUUGCUUGGAUUUGUCUUUUUAAAAGAAAUGUAUGUUGACGAUGUUGAUUUUGGUGCUAUUUAUAAAUCCUGUGAAAACAAAGCUGUUGAUAAGUAUUUCAGGUUUGAUGGUUUCCUUUUCCACGAAAGUAAGCUUUGUGUGCCGCAAAGUUCAAUAAGGAAAUUAUUGGUAAUCGAGGCACAUGGUGGUGGACUUAUGGGCCAUUUCGGGGUGGCUAAGACGUUGUCAACCCUCCAUGAGCAUUUCUUUUGGCACAGGAUGAGAAAAGAUGUUGAGCGGUCGUAG